UUUUAUCUUCAAAUGGGUAUAGAAUASAUUUUAGUGUCAACUAAUGGCCUUUUACCCUAUUCGAAUGAGCUUUCAUGUCAUUAUUAUGUGUUGGGACAGCCUUUGGGACCUAAAAUUMAGUGAAUAUGAACAUAGUGUUAACUGGGGAAUAUCAUUUUUCCAAGUGGUGUCCCCUGCAUUUUCUAGUGUCAAUUUGGGGUUGUGUGCAAAAAAGGUUUGGAAACCCCUGUGCUAAACAGCUGGCAUUCACACAUUAAGUAGUUCCCUUUUGAUAUGUCCUUGCUUAAAAGUGCUAGCUAGUAGUGCCAGAGUGGUGUAAAACCAAGAGACUCAACUGACUGAAUUGUUGUCGGUCUGUUUUCCUCGUUGAGUCUUUSGGUUUCAAACCUCUCUGGCGCUAGCAUGCACUGGCUUGCACGGAAGUGACACAAUUAUGGGUCAGCGGCUAAUGAAGUGUCUAUUAGAGUCAUCGGGAUGAUGAAUGUCUUUUGGCCUCAUCUCCUCUCACCAGUGGCCUUUGGGAGGUGGCACCAGGAGUUUGCCCGGGCAGAUUGCGGGCACAGACUGGUGCAGAGGUGGCACUACCUGCUGGAGUGGAGGAGACUGCAGGAGGCGUUUACAUCCUGGAACCGCAGGGUCCUGAUCAGGAGAGGGGCCCUAGAGAUACAGGAGAGAAGGCAACGGGCACAGCUCUCACACAUCCUGUGUGGCUGGCGGGGUGUGGUCGAGCGCAGGGCGGCGUGUGUGUGUUACUGCAGCGAGAGGAAUGAUCGGAUGGCCGCACACACCCUGCAGAGCUGGAGGAGAGCCACAGCGCUACGGUCCCUACACACACACCUCCUUACACACCUGCUGGAGAGGAGAAGGACACAGGCGCUGACCCUAGGGACACUGACAGGGAAUAUGAGGCAGAGUGAGGCGGUGACGCCAAGGUUGUAUGGUGGUGCCAGGCUCAUCACGUUGGAGGAGUUGUGUGACAACCUGCAGCUCCAGACAAGCCUUCACUCCUGGAGGAGGGAGAGGAGCAAGCUCCAGCUAGCCAGACUGUACUGUGUGGCCCGGGCGAGGGAGCAGGUGAGAUUGGCGCUGCAGCGUUGGCAUGAGCUGGCAUGGGAUUCCCAGGCCUGCAGGGUGCACAGGUUCAGGACUAGACUGGCAGCGCUGGAAUCCUCUUCCUCUGGGUUCGGCAGCACCUCUCCCCUCUCCCUGAAGCUUGCUGUGGCAGAGCAUAACAUCAGCACGGAGCUCAGCGAUUUGUCAAACAGCUCCUCUUCAGCACAGAUGGACAGAGGACGCCCCCUACUGGCCUCAUCCCCAUUGGAAAGUCUCAAGGCCUGCUUCCAGGUCGAGAACCAUGUUGAUUUUGCAGAGGGUGACCAAACUUUCUGUCUCUCGCAUCAAAGUCUCCCAGAUCACAAGAGCUCACCCAGAUUAAAGGGUGUCAUGGGGAGUGUGGUGGGCCGGAUGCUACGUCCCUCCCUCAGUGUGGCCUUCUCUCAGUGGAGGGACUAUGUCAGAGUCGGCAGGGAGCAGCGACGCCUCAUGGGCCUGGUGGCAGACGUCCACAGACGGGCAAUGCUUGGCACCGCCCUCAGCCUGUGGAGGAGACACACCCAGAGCCUCAGCACCGCAGCCAUACACAUGGAAACUGCAAUUCUGACUUCCUCUGUGGCUCACUGGAGAAGGGUAGUCGCUCACCAAAGGUCAAAGGUCACCCUGCAGAGGAUGGCCGACGACUUCCACACCACAGCAGUCCUCAGGAGCGGCUUCUUAACAUGGGAGAAAAAGCGGGUGUUGAUUAGAGUAAGACCAGACCCGGAGGCCCGGGCCCAGCUGGUGAGGAGGGCAGUGUGGCUGCGGAGGAGAGGAGAGAGACAGAGGACCCACAGCGCCUUCACCCUCUGGACAGCACGCCUCAGACAAAGCCAGGCCYUCACCGCCUUCUACACACACACCACGCUCACCAGGGUGUUUACGGCGUGGGAGCAAUGUGUCCACUCCCAGAYGGAGAUGAGCGCUCUAGCCCGGGCCCACCUCCACCAGAGGCUGCUUGGCCAAGCCCUGGCCCACUGGAGGGGGUCUGCCACCCGCAGCCUGGAGUUCCGCAGGAGAGGCCAGGAGAGACUGGCGCUGGGGGCCAGAGAGAGUCUGCAGCGCUGGAGAGAUCAUACCCACAGGAUGUGUGAGCUGAGACAGCUACUGGGUCAGUAUGUGGAGAGUGAGASAAGGGCAGCGAAGAGGAGAGCUCUACACACCUGGGUCCAGGCCACUGUGAAUGUCAGGAAAGCCCAAGACUUACACCAGCAGGCUUUCAUGAGCAGGUCAGUAGCAGUUGGMGACAUGUUCAAUCUGCAAUGUAACUGA